UGCAGGUGGAAGGUUGCGGACCUUCCCUGCCCUGUGAGGACUUCCUGCAGGCCCUGCCUGGCUUUGUCGUGGCCAUGACCAGGGAAGGGAAGCUCAUUCAUGUGUCUGAGAAUGUGCUGGAAUAUCUGGGCUACUCAAUGGUGGAUGUGCUUCAAGGGGACACCUUCUAUGACAUGGUGGACAGUGCAGACGUGCAGGUAGUCAGGUCCCAUCUGGAGGCAGCUAGUAUCCGAAGAACAGAGAGAGCGUUCGUGUGUCGGAUGCACACCUCCAAGCCUUUCCGGCUCAGACAGGAUGGCAGUGGCUGCUCCAUGCUGGUGCGGGGGCGUUUCCAGACCACCCCAAAAUCAUCUCAGGCCCCCUCUGACCUGAGGCAGACCUUCAUCGCGCUGUGCACGCCAACUGUCGAUCGGCUGCAUGACGGCGAUGCCCAUAGCAUGCUGGGACACUUCGAGAGCGUCCACUGGCUGGACAUGACCUUCCGCCGAAUGUCUGACAGUGUCCUGUUUCAUCUGGGGUACCCUGAAGAGGAGCUGAUUGGUCAGUCCUGGUACGGACUGCUCCAUCCGGAUGACCUCAGUAUCGGUGAAGCUGCACACAGGAGACUGCAGCAGGAAGAUAAGGGUGUCACUGUGGAGAUGGUGCUGAGGCUGCAGCAUAAGGAUCUCUCCUGGGUGUGGUUGUAUGUCCGAGCAGCAAGGGAUUCUGGGACUUGUAGGCAGGAAGUGAGCUGCACAAACUACGUCAUCAGUGAGGUGGAGGCCAGCUUCCUCAGACAGAAGACCAGUGCUGCUGUCCCAGGAGUGCUGAGUCGGUCUCCCCCAGACCUGCCCCUGUCGCUGGGUUCUACCAGCCCCCCGGGGCGGGGCGAGGGUGGCAGCAGGUGCAGUAAAAGACAGAGAGAAGCAGCCGGUUUGGGGGAGGAGCCCUGGGCUAAGAGGGGCGCUGUGCCUUUCACAGAGCACACCAAUCACACCUGGGAUACCAACGCUCCUACAUCGCUGAGAGACUUCCCCACAACCCCACCCAUCAGCCCUAACUCCGCCCACUCCACCACGACUCCACCCAUCAGCCCUGACUCCACCCACUCCCCCACAACCCCACCCAUCAGCCCUGACUCCGCCCACUCCCCCAUCCUGACUGAGAGCCAGAGCACUGACUUUUUAUGCAGCUACGCUGAGGACUUCCUGCCUCCCCAGGGAAGCUCGCACCACUUCUCUCCUCCUCAGUUGCUCCAGAUGGUCUCAGAUACGCCGUUCUGUCCGAGCAGCCUGGACGUGGCAUGUUCCCAGUCCCCAGAGUCCUGCUAUGAUUUCCCAGCAUGCUCCACUAAUGCGCGACUGGUCCCUGACUUCCUGUCCGAAACCACGUCUGAUAUGGCUUUCCAUCCUGAGGAUUUCAGCCUUCCUGCGUAUCCUCCAGAACAUCCUCCAGGGGGCGCUAGUCCCUUCUUGCCUGUGCACAGCACAGCCCUGCUGACCCCUGACCCCUCCCCCACCACAGAGAGCCCCUUCCUGUACAGCCAGGAGGAGCAGGUGGAGAUUGGCAUCCUCGCCCAGCAGAUCUCCUCCCUGGCCAACAGUUUCCGUAUGUAUCACAGCCAGAGCCCUGCCCACAGCCUAAACCCUGCCCUAAGCCCCACCCUCACCCCUGCCCUAAGCCCCACCCUCACCCCUGCCCUCAACCCCACCCUCAGCCCCACCCUCACCCCAGCCUUAAGCCCCACCCUCAACCCUGUCCUAUGUCCUACCCUCAACCCUUCUCUAAAUCUCACCCUCAACCCUGCCCUAAAUCCCACCUUCAACCCUGCCCUAAGCCCCACCCUCAACCCUUCUCUAAGUCUCGCCCUCAACCCUGCCCACAUCCUAAACCCCACCAUAAGCCCCGCCCUCAGCUCCACUUUAAACCUUGCACUAAGUCCCACCCCCAUCCCUGCCCUAAGUCCCACCCUCAGCCCGACCCUAAGCCCCAUCCUCAGCCCCACCCUCAGCCUGCCCUCUGCAUACUCCAAGGCCUCUUCCCCAUCCCCACCUUCCCAGCAGACCUCGCUCAAACCCGAGCUCAUCCUGGAUGAGGACGUCAUCGAUUGCAUCCUGAAGCACCUGGACCAGGUCCCGGGCAGGGAAGCUACGCCUUACUCCAGACCCACUUCCACCUGCCCCCUGGGGCCCCCCUGUGUGCUGGAGGUCCUGGAAGCGCAGGGUCCAGUGGUCUUCAUCACUGCCCAGGAGGACAAGCUCCUCACACCCCCCACACUGGAUCCAUGCACCCUGACCUCAGGGUGUCAUGGCAACAGCAAUGAGUUGUAUCAACUCAGCCAGUAUCCAUGCAGUAGCCUCCAGCAAGGUAAUUAA